CAGAUCUAAUGACGCAUUUCGUUCGGGGUUCACUCGAUGUCCUAUAAUCGUUAUUAUUGUUGCGAAUGUUGUUAAAUUCGACGGGAUAUAACAAAUAUUUUUAUUAUUCGUAUCGUAUUAUACGAGUAUUUAUUCUGACGUAUUUGGAAUGUGGAAUAAAGAAAUGCAAUAGUCAAAUUUCCAUCCGAGUCUGUUAUUACUCAUUAUUCGCUGGUACAUCAAUUUUACAAAGUACAAAAGCAGACUUGUGAUAAGUUGCUCGGGAUGUAAGGUUAUAUAUUUUGAUGGCAACUUGAUGAUUCUGAGAUUCUUCAGCUGGUCUGACAUGUCAAACCCGGCAGACCGUCAAAAUUAUAUGCAAGAUAGCAGCAGUGACACUGAGACGGAUGGUAAAGAAACCGAUGGGCAUGAACGACACAGAAUUUACAAGAACAAUUUGAGUUGUGGUGGUUCGUCCAAACCAAAAUCUUGUCUGGCACAGAAGGAUGGGAGCAACGAUCGAAACUGCCAUAACUUCGCUACGAACGCACUAAGUGCGAAUCUAGAUCAACGAAACAGAGUCCGAUCUGGAAUAGGGAUGGGGAAGAAUCAGCAAAGCUCUGGACGCGAAGGCAUCUCGAAUUCGGGUUCGACCGUGGGAACGAGUAAUCCACAAGCCAGUGACGAGAGGAUCACCCUCAUUGUUGACAAUUCUAGGUUUAUCGUAGACCCGGCGCUUUUUACGGCACACCCAAACACAAUGCUCGGCCGAAUGUUCAGUUCCGGGAUUGAAUUUGCCCAACCAAACGAGCGUGGCGAGUACGAAGUUGCCGAUGGAAUUUCGACGAUGGUCUUUCGUGCGAUUCUUGAGUAUUACAAAGGCGGCGUUAUUCGUUGUCCUCCGACCGUAACGGUGCAAGAACUGCGAGAAGCCUGCGAUUAUUUGCUCGUUCCCUUCGACGCGAGUACCGUCAAGUGCCAAAAUCUCAGAGGAUUGUUGCACGAGUUGUCGAACGAAGGUGCGCGCUGUCAGUUUGAAGUUUUUCUCGAGGAUUUGAUUUUGCCGCUGAUGGUAAACAGCGCGAGAAGGGGUGACCGCGAAUGCCACAUAGUUGUACUUCUCGAAGACGAUGCCGUUGACUGGGACGAGGAAUACCCGCCGCAAAUGGGCGAGGAAUAUUCUCAGACCGUAAAUAGUACAGCAAUGUACAGAUUUUUCAAGUACAUUGAAAAUCGAGACGUCGCGAAGCAAGUGAUGAAAGAACGAGGGCUGAAGAAAAUACGACUCGGAAUCGAGGGCUAUCCGACGUACAAGGAGAAGGUUAAAAAGCGAGCGGGUGGUCGCGCCGAGGUUAUUUACAAUUACGUGCAACGUCCAUUCAUCCACAUGUCGUGGGAGAAGGAGGAAGCGAAGAGUCGACACGUGGAUUUUCAGUGCGUCAAAUCGAAGUCGGUGACGAAUCUCGCCGAGGCAACGGCAGACCCCGCUCUCGAUGCGGGUGGAAAUCCCAUCAACGCGAUAGCUCUGCUCCAAGGUAACGAGCCUGUUCGAACGCCCGAACCCGCGCUUCAUCACGGCGUCGAUCACGAUCCCGAAGGCGCUGUUCUUUUUCCUGAUCCGGCUCUCCCGAGAUUGUUACCCGACGAAAUUAUAUGAACGCUUUGUUCUCAGUGUCACGAACAAAAGUGUUUGCCGGAUGAACUGCGAAACAAGGAACGAUGUUUGAUUCGUGGAACCUCGUGGGAAUGCGCUUUAUCGCAUUUUCGUAUCGACAAAAAGAGUUUGUGUCUCGCUCCUCGCCAAACCACACUAGCCCAAUGUGAUAGCCAUGCGUAAAUGGCAAUUGCCUUAGAAUACAUAAAACACACAUACACACAUAUACGCUAACGUAUAUCUACGCGUCUUUAAAUUGAAAAGAACGAAAAAGCGACUGAGACGAAACACGAAAAAUGCAUCGAUGUAUUUGUGUGUUUUUUCUAACAUAUUUUUUCCCCACUUUUCGUUGUACAUACUUCGAUGCUUGACGACAUAUCGCUGCAAAAUUGCUCUCCGCUUCGAGAAAACGAGAGUAGUCUUUUCUCCAUUCUCAUUUUAUACGUCAUUAAUAAAUGGUAAUAUUUCGCUUUUCAA